AUGGACCAAAUCUCAGUGUUGAACAGCCAAUCAGUUACAUGGAAUUACAGCCCAUCGUGGGCACCACCCGUCAGCCCUCCCCUCGUUCGGGGCAUCAAUACUUCAUGGAUGUCGGAAAAAGCCAAGGCCUUCACCAUCGACGCCCUUCUGGGACUUCAAAAGGAUGUUCCUGACACAACUGCCUCCCCGCCUGCGUCUCCGCCCUCAUUCCUUCAGCAGGAGUCCUACGACACCGUCCUCAGAGACGCCCCCGGAAAGAUCAAGCGACAUCGCACAGUGUUCACGGACUCGCAGCUUCAGCGACUGGAGGAGGAGUUCCAGCGGCAGCAGUACCUGGUGGGCCCCGAGCGGCGCUCUCUAGCCAGCCAACUGGAGCUGAGUGAGCUGCAGCUGAAAGUAUGGUUCCAGAACCGACGCAUCAAAUGGCGCAAGAACCAAGCCAACGUGAAGAGCGAUCUUAACAAGUUGCAAUAG